UAUAAUCCACAAGCUGAAACGAGAUAAGCAAUAAUCAUGCAACUCAUCUUCGUGCUGGCUGCAGCAACAAGAAGCAAAAAUGGCUAGUGCAGGCCAAGUGAUGAACAACAAGCAAGUGAUAUUGAAGCACUUUAUUCAUGGAGCUCCAAAAGAAUCUGAUAUGGUGGUGAGGACAGGUUCGAUUGUGUCUUUGACAGCAGAGGCAGGUUCAAAUACCGUUGUUGUGAAGAAUCUUUACCUGUCUUGUGAUCCUUUUAUGGGGAGCCGCAUGAAGAAGUUUGAACAUCCUGAUUUCGUUUCUUUCAAACCUGGCUCUCCAUUAGAAGGGGUUGGAGUGGCUAAAGUUGUAGAUUCAGGGAACCCAGAAUUCAAGAAAGGGGACUUGGUUUGGGGAACUGUUGGAUGGGAAGAAUACAGCGUGAUUAAGAACCCUCAAAGCCUCUUCAAAAUCCGUCAUACUGAUGUUCCCUUGUCUUACUAUACUGGAAUUCUUGGAAUGCCUGGACUUACCGCUUGGGUUGGAUUCUAUGAAGUAGCAGCCCCUAAGAAAGGAGAAAAUGUAUACAUUUCAGCAGCAGCAGGUGCAGUUGGUCAGCUUGUUGGGCAAUUUGCAAAAUUGAUGGGCUGCUACGUUGUUGGAAGUGCUGGAAGUAAAAAGAAGGUUGACAUCUUGAAGAGCAAGCUUGGAUUUGAUGAUGCUUUCAACUAUAAAGAGGAGCAUGACUUGGAUAAAGCUUUGAAAAGGUGCUUUCCUGAUGGCAUUGACAUUUACUUUGACAACGUUGGAGGAAAAUUAUUGGAUGUGGUGCUUCUAAACAUGAGACUUAAGGGUCGAAUUGCAGUGUGUGGAAUGAUCUCACAGUACUAUCUCAGCCAGCCUGAAGGUGUACACAAUUUGUUGCAUACUAUUAGAAACCGGAUUCGCAUCGAAGGAUUUGUAGUCUUCGAUUACUUGCCUCAAUAUUCAAAGUUCCUUGAAGUUGUUUUGGAUUUGAUCCGAGGAGGAAAGAUUGUUUAUCUUGAAGACAUUGUUGAAGGCCUGGAAAAUGCUCCAGCUGCUCUUGCUGGUCUAUUCAGUGGACGCAAUAUUGGGAAACAACUAGUUGUUGUUGCUAGGGAGUAAUUGAAGCUAUCUCUUCUCUUGCAUACUUUAUUGCCACUCUUCUAAUAAUAAUUUUCUGUGUGUAUGCACACACACAUAUAUGUAUAUAUGUAUAUAUAAAAUUUAAAUUGAUUUCGGACAACAGUGAUUAUUGUUCGAAAGGGUUACCAUUUUGUUUAAAGGCACUAUGUUGAUGCAUAUGGGUCCCCCACUUAAUGGGGAAGUAGAUGGGUGCACAUAGCCUCGAACCCAUGAGUGUAUUUAAC